AUGAGCACCACGGCGUCCUCCACCUCGAGCUCCAUCUCGGAGGCAGCAUCCAAAACCUACAACUCCAUCAAAGAUAUCGCACCGGGACCCAAGAAGGCAGCCUCAACACCGACCCAAACAGCGCAGCGUCAGGACAAGCCACUCUACUCGCUCAUAGCUGGUACCACCGCCGGUGCCGUCGAAGGCUUCGCAACCUACCCUAUCGAGUACACCAAGACCGUGUCGCAGUUCGCAGCUAAAGCGGGAGAAAAGGCACCUGGUCCCAUCACCAUCGUCCGCAACACCAUCGCCAAGGAUGGCUUUAUCGGACUCUACUCUGGCUGUGGUGCGCUCGUCACGGGCAAUGCGAUCAAGGCCGGUGUACGAUUCGUCAGCUACGAUCACUUUAAGACGAUGCUCAAGGAUGAGAACGGCAAGCUUUCCGGUCCACGAUCGUUGCUUGCUGGAUUGGGCGCAGGUAUGAUGGAGGCCAUCUUCGCAGUGACGCCUUCCGAAACGAUCAAGACCAAGCUCAUCGAUGACGGUAAACGUGCGGUACCCAAGUAUCCUCGAGGACUCAUCCCUGGUACCGCAGCCAUCGUCAAGGAGGAAGGCAUUCGAGGAAUCUACCGAGGUCUCUUCCCCGUCAUGUUGAGACAAGGUGCCAACUCAGCCGUACGAUUCGGAACCUACUCGACGCUCAAGAACUUUGUCAGUGGAAGUGCACGACCAGGUCAAUCGCUACCCGGUGGCAUCACCUUCGGUAUCGGAGCCGUCGCUGGAAUCGUCACCGUCUACGCCACCAUGCCAUUGGACGUCAUCAAGACUCGAAUGCAGACGUUGGAAGCACGUACAAAGUAUCGAAACACCUUCAAUUGCGCCGCCGUCACAUUGCGCGAGGAAGGCUUGCUCGCCUUCUGGCGCGGUGCCACCCCCCGUCUCGCCAGAUUGGUGCUUUCCGGUGGUAUAGUCUUCACCGUCUACGAAGAAAUCAUGAGCGUUCUCGGUGCAAAGACCAUGUAA